UGCCUGCUAUGGGGGGAUCGAGUGGUGAUCCCAGAGAAAUUGAGGAAAAGGGUGUUGGAUCUCCUCCACGAGGGUCACCCAGGGAUUGUAAGGAUGAAGGGUCUAGCGAGAAGCUAUGUGUGGUGGCCCUUAAUGGACUCAGAAAUUGCUGAAAGGGUAGGGAAAUGCCAGGCCUGCCAGGAGUCCAGACCGCUACCCCCAACGGCCCCGGUUCGGGAAUGGGAGAGACCCCAAGGGCCCUGGUCGAGAAUCCACAUUGAUUUUGCCGGCCCCUUCCACGGCCAAACCUUCCUGGUAGUAGUCGAUGCCUACUCCAAAUGGCUGGAAAUCAUUCUCAUGAGAUCCAUGACAGCCGAGGCCGUGAUCUCAGUCCUACGGCACCUAUUUGUAACCCAUGGGUUGCCCGACACACUAGUUUCCGAUAAUGGCCCGCAAUUCACGGCAACCCAGUUUGAGGAAUACUUGGCAGAAGAGGGCAUCCGACAUGCCCUCUCGGCGCCUUUCCACCCUGCGACGAAUGGCCUUGCAGAGCGUUUCGUCCGGAGCGCAAAAGAGGCAUUGUCCAGAAUCAAGCCAGGCGACUGGCAAACAAAAAUCGAUGUUUUCCUGGCCGUCCAACACAGAACCCCCUGUGUCACAACCGGCAGAAGCCCAGCAGAAUUAUUAAUGGGCCGAAAGCUCAGGUGCCCACUAGACCGGUUAAAUCCAAACUAUACACCGGAGGAUUACAAGGGGGGACUUGAAAAAACUAGAGGGAUGGAAAUAGGCGACCAAGUGUGGGCACACAACUAUGGUGAAGGCCCAAUCUGGGUAGCAGGACAAAUCUUAAACAUAACAGGUCCAAAAUCAUACUUGGUGGAGUUAAAGGACGGCCGAGUAUGGAGGCGCCACAUAGACCAAAUACGAAAACGCAUAGCCGAACAAUCCGAUCUAGACGAAACAGGCCCUGACUAUACAAUGUUUGAAUCCACAGCUGACUCAAACCCGGGAAAAUCGCAGGACUUAUCUGAGUUCCGGGAGGUCCAGCGACGCCAACAGGUUCCAUUAGAAAGCAGCAGGGACGACUCUGAUUUAACGCUGAGCUGA